AUGGAGGACUUUGAAGCCUUGACGUCGACGCCGAAGAAGUCGUUGACUCCUUCGCGACUGGACUUCAUGGACAGCAUCGAUGAUGACGACGACGACGAGAGUUCCGAUGACUUUGAAAACUGCGGGGAUUUCGUGGACGACGACCGACUUUCGCCCCUCAAAGACCUCCAACUCCAAGACAUCCUGAGCCGACGGAUGGAUCUGUCCUGGUCGGACGAGCACACGGUCCCGGAGAUCGGCGGACGAAAGAAACGCAAGAAGAAGAAGAAGUCUCCGAUGACUCAAUACGGGAGGAUGGCUGCGAACGCCCGAGAACGUCGGAGAAUGCACAAGCUGAAUGUUGCUUUCGAUAAACUCCGCGAAGUCGUGCCGUCGGUGAGCGACCGGAAGCUUUCCAAGUACGAAACUUUACAAAUAGCUCAGAGUUACAUUCAAGCUCUGGCUCAGCUGCUCUCGGAUGUCGAGAAUGUGUCCUGA